AUACAGUCUGCUGUGGAGCCGUAACAUGGAGCAAAGUCAUGCAGAAUGAUUUGUGCAGCGGGUGCGAGGGGCUGGGCGGGGGCUGUGCUCUCAAUGUUUCCUGUUCAAACCUUGGGGGAGCUGGGACUUGGACGAGACGCAGGGGGCGUAAAAAACAAGCUCCUCCUCAUCCUCACCCACUUGCCUCUCUGUUGGUUUCUCAUCCUCAGCACAUCAUGAGCCUGAACAGGAUGGUGGCCAUGUUGAACGAGUGGCUGUGGCAGGAGCAGUACUGGCUUCCUCCUGGCAUCCGCUGGCAGGACAUCGAGAUGAAGGAUGAGGACGGUCGUUUUCCUAUGCCCAGGGAUCUCCUCAUCACGUUGCCACUGGCUUUUGCCUUUAUAGCCUUAAGAUAUGUAUUUGAAAGAAUCAUCGCCAUUCCUUUUAGCAAGUGUUUAGGUGUGAAGGAUCGGUUUCGGAUUCGAGCUCCGCCUAUCCCAAAGCUGGAGGCCUUCUACGAACACGUCAGUCGGCAACCAUCACAGAGUCAAGUUGUGAGCUUGGGCAGGCAGUGUGGACUCUCUCAAAGAAAGAUUCAAACCUGGUUCAGACACAGAAGGAACCAGGACAAGCCCAGCAACACAAAGAAGUUCUGUGAGGCAUCAUGGCGGUUUGCGUUCUACCUCGUCUCAUUCGCCGCCGGACUCGGCUCACUGAUUGAUACUCCCUGGUUUUGGGAUCACAAAGAGUGCUGGACGGGAUAUCCCAAACAGCCUGUGGCCGACGCUCACUACUGGUAUUACAUCUUGGAGCUGAGUUUCUAUUUGUCCCUGCUGCUCAGUGUUUCUGUGGAUGUCAAGCGAAAAGAUUUCAAGGAGCAGGUGGUUCAUCACAUCGCCACCAUAUUUCUUAUCGGUUUCUCCUAUGCCGCCAACUAUGUGAGGGUUGGCACGCUAGUGAUGCUGGUGCAUGAUUCGUCCGACUUCCUGCUGGAGUCUGCCAAGAUGUUUCAUUAUGCGGUGUGGACAACGACAUGUGAUUCGCUGUUUGUCGUAUUUGCUGUUGUUUUCCUGGUUACAAGACUUGUGGUUUUUCCUUGCAGAAUUGUCCACACCACCAUGGUGCUGUCUCGUGACUUUUUCCAGCCUUUCUUCGGUUAUUAUUUCUUCAACGUUCUGCUGUUAGUGCUGCAAGGUCUGCACAUCUUCUGGGCCUACCUCAUUCUGCGCAUGUUGUACAAGUUUGUCUUCACGGGCAAGUUUUAA